CUGCUUCUCCAUUAACUGUAAUGCGUAUUCUCAGGCUUACCAGUCACCUUGUGCAGCUCUUCGUGCUAACAUGUGUUGGCUGCCUGCUGCUUCGCACCCUCUAUAUGGGUGCGCAGCUCGUAGCCAGUAUCUAUUUCCCUGCAACAAAAGUCCCCUACCUCAAUCCACACCCGGUCCGCAGUACCGUGCCAAAGCCAGGGACCUUGGUGUGGCAGGAGCCCUUCAAAUACGAAGCAAAGGUAUAUCUAACUGAAGCGGUCUACCAGCCGCUUCUUAACGACAGGUUUUUUGAGCAGGCCACGGAGGUCUGGCACAUCGAGCCCCAGAGCCUGGCCAACAGGUACCCGGUAUUCAACAAACAUGGUUUUGAAUAUCACCAAUCUUGGAGCGUAUUCGUGGCUGACUGUGUUCCUCCAGGAAGCGGGUCAAUUUUCUCCGCACCCAAAUAUAAGCGACCCGUUCCUGGUUGUUAGCCAUAUCAAACUGUCGGAUUAUGGCUUCUAUUCGAGACCACCCAUGCAGUUGGCCAAGAAAGUCGGGAGGUUCAAUAAUGCACCUUUCUACGAGGCUCUCUCUGUGACUACCCAGGCGGUGUGGAAGUUGUAUCUCGAAGACAGCCUGCCUAUUGUCGGCACUGUACGCAAUCCACAGUACCCUCAGCACCCUGUUGCUCUCAACAUGAGCACCAGUAUUAAUGGUACGGAUGAUACAGCAAGCUCUGACCAUACCUAUCUCCCACUGCUUCUCCAUGAUACGUACGCUCCGUCUACAAGCCAGUUGCACCCGCUACCAUGGUUCAACGGGUCACUAAAUGUUGGCGUUAACAUGGAGAUACGCGGAGUGCGCGCUGGGCUGGAAAACAGUAUGCAUCAUGUAGCCACCACACUCGAUGGCUGGAUUCGUUCGGUUUUUAAAGCUGGUCAUGAGGGCAGGGUUGCAGUGCUUGUCCUACCAUCUGCACCGGUUGCAUACAGGAGUAUAAUCUCGACAGCAGUGUAUUUGGUCCUACUCCCCGUUUUUGUCGCUCUGUUGAUCUUCCGCCAGCUCGUUGUCGCCAGGCAUUUCUUUGCAUCGGCCAUUACGAACAAAGGAUGGCCUAGCUUCAUUGCAAGGGCUUACAUGAUGCUUAUCUGUAAGGUAGAGCGUUUGGAGGACAACAUGGGGCUAGUUAUACCGCACAAACGGAUGCAUGAGCUAUACCUUCAGAUGACAGAUUAUUGGCACAUGUGUGCAAUAGGUCUAGCAAUUCUCCCCUUAAACAAGGUGUUCGUGGUCAUUAGCAGCAGAUAUGGCGCACAGGCGGUCAAUCCGGCUGAGAAAGAGAAGGACGCGCAACUGCUGGAGCAUGUCAAGGAAGACGGGGCCGAUGAUAUGAAUGCUGCCUUCAACACUUCAUAUGCACUAGCGCUGAAGCUGAUGUUGGCAACCAUGUCCAUAUCGCUGGCUGUCGAGUCUGCCUAUUUCAUCUAUGCUUCAGACAUUUCUACCCUGCCUGAUUUGGUUGACGCUUGCAAGGGACUAGCAACACAUUGGUAUGCCACAAUACCUCAUAUCAUAGGCCGUAUUUGGGACUGCGUUGUUGUUACUCGGUUCCUUCCACCCAUCAUCAUGUCGUUCAAUCGCAAGUCGACUUGCGGUAUUCCUGUCAUCUACCACGCACUACAUAUGGCCGAGUUUACUGUUGUUGGGCUGCUGUAUCUCUACAAGACGCCUCUUGUAUUGCGUCCAGAAACUAUGCCGUGGACCGAUUUCGCCAUGGGGGCUGGGAGCAUCGUCCUGGUUGCUCAGUGGGCUAUCUAUGAUAGGUUCCAGUAGCUCCUUUGUAAUGCUUCUAACUUCUAGCUUCUGAACAAACAUCAAAGGCUGAUCGUCUCUAAUCGACAUGGCCAGGUGGUGCUUGGUGUGCGAUGCCCACCCACAUUCCACGAUCCGCAAAAGAAAACAGCGC